UGAAAGAUACGUUUUCCUCAAUUAAUGUAUUCCAAAGUGUGUGCUUAUUAGCAUCCUCGCAGCUCAAUGGUCAUCAGUUGGGAUUCAGGAGUCACACAAUGUUGUCUUACAAUUUGCUUCCUAAGUUUAUUCUGUUUGUUUGUGUAACAAAUGCUGCAGGUCAAAUAAUCCAACCGUGUAACAUAGACGAUGAACCAUGCAUCGCCAAGUCAGCGAAUAUAGCGCUGAAGAAAAUAGCUGACGGUGUACCUGAUGUGGGAGUGGAGGUGCUGGAUCCUCUGCAUGUAGACAAGAUUGAUGGAGACUUAGCAAACCUGAAGUACACUCUCACUGACAACACCAUCAAAGGGUUUAAAGACUGCGAGAUCAGUAAUGUGAAAUUGGACUUGGACAAUAUGAAAAUACUUUUCGACCUGGAGUGCUCUAACCUGCGUAUCAACGGCGACUACGUCAUCAACGGCCGCCUCAUCAUCCUACCCAUCGAAGGAGAAGGAACAUUCUCCAUUAUUGCCAAAAAAUAUUUUAUAACAAUGGACACAGAUAUUAAAAAGGUCGCGGGGAAGGAUGGAAAAGAUCAUCUGUCUAUUAAAAACUUCAAAUCUACUUUAGAAGGCAGAGAUGGAUUGACGUACGAUUUCAAAAAUCUGUUCCAUGGACAGAAGGAUCUAUCUGAUGCCGUCCACAAGUUUGCAAACGAAAACUGGAAAGAAGUGGCUGAUUUCGUCCAGGGACCCGUUCUUAACAGCUGUUUGAAGAAAAUCAUCAAUCAGGUGAACAAGUACCUGAAAACCGUACCUUAUGAAGACCUUUUCUUGCAUUAGAAAUCAUGUUUUGAAUAAUAUUUUUGUUGUGGCAUUGAAAGUGUUUUCAUUUAGGUUCAAUUUUGUCAUAUUAGGUUACAUGUUAAUAUUUUUUUAUAAAAAAACCUAUUUUUGAUACCUAAAGUAUUAAUAAAUAAACAAGUAUUUUUA